GGAGGGGACCUGCGGGUGUCUUUGAACGCAACUCCCCGGCUGCAGUCAGUGUGUCUGUGGACAUCCACCGGUUAGCCCACUCCGUGUCUCCCCGGCAACACCGACAUCGGUUCACCCAGUUCAAACCAUGAAGAUCUGGACAUCAGAGCACGUAUUCAACCAUCCUUGGGAGACGGUGACCAAGGCCGCUAUGCAGAAGUACCCCAACCCCAUGAAUCCCGGUGUGAUCGGAGUCGAUGUUUUGGACCGAGGCGUAGACAAACAGGGACGCCUCCACAGUAAAAGACUGCUCAGCACAGAGUGGGGUCUUCCAUCCAUCGUGAAAUCUAUCAUCGGUAACGCACGAACAUACACGUAUGUUCAGGAGCACUCGCUUGUGGAUCCCAAAGACAAGGUUUUCGAACUUCAGUCCACAAAUAUCACUUUCACAAACAUGGUCUCUGUGGAUGAAAAGUUAACAUAUAAACCACACCCUGAGGAUAAAGAGAAAACAAUACUCACUCAGGAGGCUAUCAUCUCGGUGAAAGGAGUCAGUCUCAGCAGUUACUUGGAGGGAGUUAUGGCGAGCACCAUUUCUGCUAAUGCUGGCAAGGGCCGUGAAGCCAUGGAGUGGGUAAUCAGGCGAUUAAAUGCAGAAAUCGAGGAGCUGGCAGCCACAGCACGAGGGACCAUACGAACCCCGAUGGCUGCUGCGGUCACUGAGAAAUGACACCUGCCUCUUUUUUCCAAAGAAUGAGAGAAGCGGGAAGCCAGUACAACCAGCCCCCCUUUAUGAUGUUUUGGUGCUCUGGAGUUUGUAUUAAUUGAGGGUACAAUUUAUCCAUUUCGUAUGCUUUUACUGUCUACAUUAGAUAUAUUUUUAACACCAAGCAGCAACAUAAAGGGAUUCUGUGAAGUGUUUUCAGGGGAUGCUGCCUGGCAGAGACCGCAGUAAUUUGGGGGGACCUGGGGAAGAAAAUGUGGGUGGUUACGCUCAGGAACAAGUUUAAACACUAUUUUUAUCUGUGUGUUUUGGAAACAUGUAGCACUGGCAAAAAAAAAAGAAAAGUAUCACAGGCACUGGAUGAACUGAAAACACAAAAAAAGUGCCAAAGCACACGCACCGCUUUUUGUCCAGCCUCUUAAAAGCACCAGCGUGGGCAAAAAAAGACCUCCGAAUACCAGCAAGUCUCCUCUGACGUGACCUCUGUGUUUACAGCGACACAGCUAUAAGUAAUACAGUUAUGAACACGGCUGUGACAUGAUGGUAGGAAACAAUGCCUUGUUGAGGAGGGGGUCAGGUGCAAUGCAUAUCAAGGGUACGUGAAAGUGGUUCGACUGUCAGAGUGGAUGGUUGGGUAAAGACGCAGCCAUCAACAGUGACAUGUUAACACCGCCAUCAACAGUGACAUGUUACCGAAAUGUUUCACCGUCUGGUUUAUUUGUGUAAAAGAGCCAUCUCCUCAACAACGUUUUCUUGCAGGGACCUCAGUAAUAACAAGACACUCUGUACCAGGUGACGUAUGUAAGCCUGCAUUUUGGUAUUAUGUGAUAACUAAUAUUGUUAUUAAGGUAUUUAAGUGAAAUGAAGGGAUCAAGAUACUUGCCAUAUUUAUAUUUAGUAGAAGAUCUUCUCAAAUGCUGCGUGACUUUAAUGUAAAUCAGUAUGAACUCAAACAGUUUUAUCAGUACUACUGUUCCUCAGUUUAAACACAAUCCUCUCAGCAUGUUCUCUCAGUAUAAAGGCUGAGACCUUCACACUGACUUAUUUGCACAGAAUAAUAUAUUUUAAGCUGCUACACAUGCUGAGGGUGCUCUAAUCUAAAUAUUUUGGUAAAACUGUUUUGAGAGGUUAAAUGUGGUUACAAUUUGCAUUUGAGAAGGUCUUCAUAUAACGGACAACAGUGUGGUGAUGGUGGAAGCUCUAGUAUCUUUUAAUAGCUUAUAUAUUUUUUUUUACCUGUAACAGGAAUAUUUAUUUAUAGAAACAUUUAGUUUGGAAGUAGUUGUGACGUCAUAUGCUUAGUUAGAAACUGUAAUUUGUGAAUUUUGUGCCUCUGAAAAAAAAAACUUAAGAAUGUGACAGUAAAAUAAAAUAUUUUAACCUGUUUACUAGAA